AAUUGCGCGGCGGCUUCACCGCCCGCUCCAGCCCGGCCGCAGAGGCCCCUGGGCGGAAAUCUGGCCCUGCCCACCCCGCCGGCUCCCGGCCUGUGCGCGUGGCGGCCAGUGCGCGGCCUCAGGAGGCGGCUGCAGCAGCAGGGGAGGGCGGGGAUCGAGCGGGGCCCGUCCGCGGCCCAGGCCCGGCACCGCAAUGGCCGGGGAGGUGAAGACCAAGCUGUCCAAGAACCUGCUGCGCAUGAAGUUCAUGCAAAGAGGAUUGGAUUCAGAAACCAAAAAACAACUAGAGGAGGAGGAAAAGAAGAUAAUCAGUGAAGAGCACUGGUAUCUGGAUUUACCAGAACUCAAAGAAAAGGAGAGUUUUAUAAUAGAAGAGAGAAGCUUUAUGCCAUGUGAAGACCUACUUUAUGGCAGAAUGUCCUUUAAAGGGUUCAAUCCAGAAGUUGAGAAGUUAAUGAUCCAAAUGAACUCUAGGUACAAGAAAGAAGAAAUUGAAGCAGAUGAUACAGCCGAGGCUGAUGUAUCAGAUGAAGAAAUGGCCAGAAGAUAUGAAACGUUAGUCAGAACUAUUGGGAAGAAAUUCUUGAAAAAGAGAGACCAGCGUGUGCUACAGGGUGAAGAUGAGAACAGUAACAUGAGACCUAGCAAAGCAAAGAAAAUGUUCUUAAAACCCCAGGAUUGAUGUGAACUGCACAAUUGGAGCUAAUAGAAAUGUCAUCUACAGGUCAGAGUAACAUGAACUGGGGAGUGUUUAUUUUCCACCAAAUAAUGUAAGAUACGUGUGUAAAAUCUAAGUCUAUUCUGAUUGAAAUUUCUGCUGUCCACAUGACAAACAUACUUUUAAAGUGGAUACAUAUAUAAUGGAUGUCAUACAUCCUUUCCUAUCUGAGCAAGUUGUAGUGACCAUGGGGCUCUAAGCCAAUUAGCUGUUUAAAUAUUGUGCAUAAGUAAGAUGGCUAUCCCAUGUGUUUGAGAGCAAUGAUCUUUACAUUUUAUGAUGGUAAUUGAACGCAAGUAUUUCAGCUAAAGAUGAGCUGUGGCCAAUCUUAUAAAGCAAUUCUGCUUUCAGUGUUUUUUUUACUGUAUAAAUUGAAACCCCUUACACUUUCUAAAUUGAAAGAAAUAGUCUGCAGAAACAUACGUUUCUUUAACAAUUCUAAAAAUACUUUGAAAAAGGAACAGAGAGAUUAAAUCCAUUUCAUUGAAUUUUAUUUUUUUUAUAAAAUCUGUUUAAAGAGAGGUUUUUGUAAUAGAAGCAUUUAUAUUGGGUGAUGUUUUCACUUUGACAUGUAUGAAUCAUGAUCUGCUCAAUGUCUUGCCUCCAAAAAAAAAAAAUUCUGAUGUUCCUUUGGUUGUGGUUUUCUUUUCUGGCAAAAAUUUUCCAAUCUUGUAAACAAGAUCUGUGAUAGCAGCAUAAUGACUGCUUAAGAAACACAUCUUAAACUGAAUAAAAACUUUUUAAAAGA